AUGACUCCGUGUAUGGGUUGUCUGGGUUUGGGUCACGAGAAUGCAGUGAAAACACCACAAAUUAUACCCGAAUUGUGUGAACAAAGGGUCCAACAGUUUAUCAAUGGACACGACUUUGUGCUGGCUAUCAAUGACAUGAAUCACGUGUUUAGUUGGGGUUACAAUGAAUGCGGACAAUUGGGUAGAGGACUGACACAAAGUGCUAUUUAUUCGCAUUUAAAACCGGAAAACAUAUCCCCAUUGAAUGAUAAGCGUAUAACACAUGUAUGUUGUGGUGUUCAACACUCCCUGGCCCUCACCACCAAUGGACAGGUGUACGCGUGGGGCCGCGACAAUUCAACUGAAAGUAAUUACAAAAAUCGUUUCAUUGAGUUGUCGGCCAUCGGUUUGGGAGGUUUCGGGACAGUGUUUAAAGUGAAGCAUAGAAUCGAUGAACACAUAUAUGCCGUCAAAAGAGUUGAAUUGAAGGACUUUUCUGAGGAUUAUAUGAAACGAAUUUUAAAAGAAGUGAAGAAUUUAUUGUCCGUUCGGUCAGAAUAUUGUGUUCAGUAUUUCAAUUCGUGGCCCGAAAGCAAACACCUCUACAUUCAGAUGGAGUUCUGUUCACAAAAUUUACGGAAUAUUCUCGAAAUUAAAUCAAAAGCAUUUGAUAGAUUAGGGGAAGUGAUGAGUGCUUAUGAGUACUUCAUUUCGUGUGAAAUAUUCCGUCAGAUCUUAGAAAGUGUUCAUUUACAACCUUAUUCACAAAGGGAUGACAUACUGAACGCACCGGUAGUUAAAUUGAAGCGAAUUCUAGUGUCAAUGGCUUCGACCCCAACGUUCAGUCAACGGCCCGACUGUUCACAAGUACUGCGAGAAUACAGCGAAUGGUCUGUCGAUCGGAAUAUUCUUAUGAGAAGGAUGUCCAUUGGACAGGCGUAUAGUAAUGAGUUGUUCGAAAAGUACUUGGACUGUAAUUUUCUCGAAAACUAG